AUGAUCCAGAAAUUCUAUGCGCUUCCUUCUUUCCAUGGAAACCUUGCCCCACUGGCGAGUCGUGCUGCAACUUCAUUUGCGUUAACACAACUUCCAAUGCUCUCAACUGUGGAACAAGUCUUCAACAUUGUGGCGCAUGCAAUGCAACAACCUGUUCAGGAACCAACCCCGCCUGUUGUUCUGGCCAAUGCGCAGAUCUCGCUUCUUCAACCCUACAUUGUGGAACCUGUCAAGCAAAUCCAUGUCUUGGUCUUCAACCCGCAUGUUGCUCGGGCUCAUGUCAAGACCUUGGCACAAGUCUUCAACACUGUGGCGCUUGUAAUGCUGUUCCUGUGA